GUCUUCCAUCCCAAAACCCAAUAAAUUCCCAGCAGUUCGUCAAAGACACGGUUUUUUUCUUAUGCUUCUGCCCGUGGAGGAAAAUCACAAAAGAAGAAGAAAAAUGGCGAUCUCUCAGAUCUGGUUUGCUGUCGGAACACUUGCUUUUCUCUUAGUAUCAGCUAUUGCAGACGAUGUAGUCGUUCUGACUGAAGAGAACUUCGAGAAGGAGGUCGGACAGGAUCGAGGCGCUCUUGUCGAAUUCUACGCGCCGUGGUGUGGACACUGUAAAAAGCUUGCUCCAGAGUAUGAGAAACUAGGUGCAAGCUUUAAGAAGGCCAAAACUGUUCUGAUUGGAAAGGUAGACUGUGAUGAGCAUAAGAGUAUUUGCAGCAAAUAUGGGGUUACUGGAUACCCUACAAUUCAAUGGUUUCCCAAAGGGUCCUUGGAGCCAAAAAAGUAUGAAGGACCACGUACUUCUGAAUCUCUUGCUGAGUUCGUGAAUAAUGAGGGAGGGACCAAUGUGAAGAUAGCUGCAAUCCCAUCAAAUGUGGUGGUGCUAACUGCAGAUAAUUUUGAUGAGGUUGUUUUGGAUGAAAACAAGGAUGUUCUGGUUGAGUUUUAUGCUCCAUGGUGUGGCCACUGCAAAAAUCUUGCUCCUGUAUAUGAAAAGGUGGCCACAGCAUUUAAUUCGGAGGACGACGUAGUAAUUGCAAAUUUGGAUGCUGACAAAUCCAAGGAUCUUGCUGAAAAGUAUGGUGUUAGUGGCUAUCCUACAUUGAAAUUCUUCCCAAAGAGCAACAAAGCUGGUGAGGAUUAUGAUGGUGGGCGAGAUUUAGACGACUUUGUGACAUUCAUCAAUGAGAAGUCUGGCACUAGCCGAGAUGGGAAAGGACAGCUUACUUCCAAAGCUGGUAUUAUCACAAAUCUUGAUGCCUUGGUGAAGGAAUUCUUGAGUGCCGGCAAUGAUGAGAAGAAAGCACUCUUCUCUAAGAUAGAAGAAGAGGUUGAGCAGCUCAAGGGUUCAACUGCAAGGUAUGGAAAGAUUUACUUGAAAGCUGCCAAGAACUGUAUGGAAAAAGGCUCUGGUUAUGCGAAGAAUGAAAUAGAUCGGCUACAUCGUAUGCUUGAAAAGUCAAUCAGCCCAGCCAAGGCAGACGAAUUCACACUUAAGAAGAACAUCUUGUCUACAUUUAUUUAGUUGAGCUCCAUGGUGGCCCGUGAACCUCACCUUGUUGCAGUGUUCUCCGUUUCUCGGGGUGGUCUCCCGGGUUCUUAAGCUUGGGAGACGAUGUUCUGAUGUUCACAAGCUCUUUGCUGCAUGAAGCCUGGAUUUUAAAGACUAGCUCCCCUGAGAUGUCGAAAAGAGAACAGUUUUGGGGAAAAUAUUAGUAAUUUUCUUAUUGACAGUAAUUGUGCAAGGUGGGGUGGAGUUUUGAGUUAUAUUUUUAGUUAUACCUCUUGUUC